AUGGCAAAGCAGAUUUGUGCAUUCUUCUUCUGCUUCUGGUGGUUUCUGUUUUGUCUGGGGCACAUAGCCAAUGCAGAUGAUCCAGUAACUAUUUUCAUCUUUGGAGACUCAACUGCUGAUGUUGGUACAAACAAUCUGUUACAAUCAAGUUUCUCGACGAGGGCUGAUUUCGCCCCGAAUGGGAUUGAUUUUCCAUAUUCUGUGCCUACUGGAAGGUUCAGCAAUGGCCUUAACACCGCUGACCAAAUUGCAAGACUAUUUGGCUACCAGAGAAGUCCGCCACCCUUCUUGUAUAUUCUCAACCGUACCUCCACUUUCAAAAGAGAUAUUCUGCAGGGUGUGAACUUUGCUUCAGGGGGAUCCGGCAUAUUAAAGGAAACUGGAAAAUCCAAUUCUACCGAGGUUGUUCCACUCGGAGACCAAAUCCAACAAUUUGCAACAGUCCGGGGAAAUUUCACAGAGUUGAUAGGUCCCAAUGCAACUGAUAAAUUUCUUGCCAAGUCUUUGUUCAUCAUUAGUGUCGGAAGCAACGACCUGUUCGACCAUGUCGAACUUCCUUCCAAUUCCUCUACCUCAGUUGAUCCAGAGGAUGAGUUCUUCUACAUGGCAAAUCUUCAAUUCACGUACCGUAAACAUUUAGAGGGUUUGUACAAGCUGGGAGCUCGGAAAUUUGGGAUUAUAAGUGUUGCUCCAAUUGGAUGUUGCCCUCAUGCACGUGUUUCAAAUACGUCGGGUGUUUGUAGAGAGGAACUAAACAAGCUUGCUCAAUCCUUUUUCAUUUCACUUAAGGAUCUUCUGGGCAAAAUGAGCUCAAAGUUGAAAGGGAUGAAAUACUCACUCGGAAACGCUUAUGAGAUGACCAUGAGCAUCAUUGAAGACCCAUUAGCCUUUGGUUUCAAGGACGUCCAAUCAGCAUGUUGUGGAAAUGGACCGUUAAAUGGAGUAAUCCCAUGCAUGCAUUUCUUAAACCCCAACCUUUGUGCGAAUCGGCGUGAGUAUUUGUUCUGGGACUUGUUUCAUCCGACUGAAUAUGCUUCCCAACUAGCAGCACUUACCCUCUAUGGCGCAGGGACAAGAUUUGUGACACCCAUGAAUUUCAGUCAGUUGGCGGCUAAUCCUGUUUAG